AUGUCGGCCUCCAACCUUGCCAGAGAAGCCCUCUCGACAUGGGAAGCCAACGCCGAGUUCUGGGACUCUACCAUCGGCGAAACAGGCAACAAAUACUGGAAACGGCUCCAAAAGCCAUCUCUCCAACGCCUCCUCGGCCCAACCCUCAGCAAGAAGAGCUGCUCCGCCCUGGAGCUGGCUACGGGCAACGGUCUCUGUGCUCGGUGGCUGGCUGAGAACGGCGCCUCCAGCAUCAUUGCUACGGAUGGCACUUUUGGCAUGCUGCAGCAGGCGAACAAGUACAUGGAUGAGGACAAGGCUGGCAAGAUAUCGUAUCGCAAGCUGGAUGUCACGCAGGAGGGGGAUUUUGCGCCCCUUGUGGAAAAGGCUGCUGAGAAUGACGGCUUUGACAUUAUCCUCAUGAACAUGGCCCUCAUGGACGUGGCCACGCUCGAUCCCCUCGCCGAUGCCCUCCCAAAGCUCCUCAGCAAAGACGGCGUCUUCGUGGCCACUCUCCUUCACCCCGUCUUCAUGACCUCGACCUACUCCCGCACCGUCGAAGUGACAUUCGACCCCCAAACAGGCGACCAGAUCAUCACCCGCAGCAAGUCAAUCCGCGAAUACCUCCACGUGAAGCCCUCAAAGGGCGUGUUUAUCGUAGGACAAGAGACACGCCAGUUUUACUUUCAUCGCCCUCUGCAUGAGCUUCUGGGCACCUUUUUCAAGAGGGGCUUGAUCUUGGAUGCGCUUGAAGAGCCCGGUUUCACGGAAGAGGACGGUGAUGCCGACAAGGCGUAUGCGACGGCCAACUUCCCUCAGCUGCCGCCCAUUCUGUCCUUGCGCCUCAGAAGAGGCCUAUAG